UGAAACGGAUCCAAAGCGGAAACUGUGCAUCGGUAAAGAUGGCGGUAAAACUGUUUAAAGGGGGAGAUUAAAGAGGAGAGAGAAGAGAGUGGAAAGAUGUUGUGCUUGGACAUAAAGCUGGUGUCUCGUUUGCGAGGAGUCUCGUCGACGAGUGGCUCGUCGACGAACGUGUCGACGGUCUCGUUGUCGGUGAGCUCGAGCUCAUCGACGACCGUCGGCAUAGAGAGGAAGAGUUUUUCAAGCAAGCGAAGCAAAGGGGGAAGGGAGAGUUGCGCUGGAAAUGGGAAUUCGGUGACGGAAAGCGACAGCGACGAAGAGACGUUGCCUGCUUCUCGGACGAUUCGGAGGAACAGGUCGAGAUCGGUUUGCGUGCCUGCCUUGUCGUCCGCUGCUCGUUGCACGCAUCUUCACCGACGAUCCAGCCAUCAUGCAUGCAGCACGGAUGCCAUUUCCAGGCGGGGUGUCCUCUCCAGGCGAUAUUACGGCAGCGUGGAAAUGCUGCCACAAAUGGAGCAAGACGGGUCCGACAAUGGAAGAAGAUUUCGAGUGGAGAACGGUGAUUCCCCGGGCGAGAAAGAGGAAAUGUUCGGAUCACCGAGUACGCCGAUAUUGGAAAAUCCCGAGUACCAAACGCGCUGGUACUUCAAAUACUUUCUCGGAAAACUGCAUCAAAAUUACGUUGCCGCGGACCAAGAAAGAAAUCCCUUGUUUCUAUCGGUCGUGACGAGCGAAGUCAGCGAUCAAAGCGUGCCGCAUUACAGAGUUAUUUUAUGGAGAAAAACUGGCGCACAGAAGAUAUCGCUGCCAUAUUCUGCGAACAAAACGAUGACGAUCAGGCAGAUAUUGAGCAAUUUCUUUGGUCUUGAGAAACUCGAUAAGGCUCCGCGCGAGGUUUUUUCCCCCGAAAUUCAAAAGGAUCUGCUAUUGCUGGAGGAGCAAGAAGGUUCCGUCAACUUCAAGUUCGGCGUGAUAUACGCGAAGAAAGGGCAAACAACCGACGACGAAAUGCUAUCCAACGAGAAGGGUAGUCCAGAUUUCGACAAGUUCCUGGAAAUCGUGGGCGAGAGGAUAGAACUGAAGAAUUGGGACAAGUAUCGUGGCGGUUUAGACGUAAAAGGCGACAUGACUGGCAACGAAAGUUAUUAUACGGUGUACGCGGGACACGAAGUGAUGUACCACGUGAGUACGAUGCUUCCCUAUUCGAAGGACAACCCGCAACAGUUGGAGAGAAAGCGACACAUCGGUAACGAUAUCGUUAACAUCGUUUACACGGACGACUCGAACGCCAUAGACACUUUCAACCCAAACUGCAUCAAAAGUCAAUUUACCCACGUAUUUGCCGUGGUAUCGGCCGAAGAAAACGGUAAAGGAUGGCGCGUGGCCAUUUACUGCGACGAAAAUGUUCCUCUGUUUGGUCCGAGCCUGCCGUGCCCACCAGUGUUCGAGGACCCGUACACCCUGCGAGAAUUUCUUCUCGUCAAGUUAAUAAACGGCGAGAAAGCUACGUUCAACACGCCGACGUUCGCUCAAAAAAGGGAAAGGACCCUGGACGCUCUUCUCCGGGAUAUGUAUCAAGAGCACUCGCAGGAGAGCAAGAGCAACAGUAUGUUAAACCGACGAGCAUUGUCGGAUGUCGUGGAGGCUCCAGGUCGACGUCGCGAGGAGACCCGUGCCGUGGAGAUGGUGCGCGUCGGACAGGCCCUGAAACUCGAAGCGAUCGUCAGAGGUUUGGCGCCAACUUCCUUGGCCACUGCUGGCCCUUUGAAGCCUAGGCCGUGGGAGCCGAGGUGCAUCUAUCCGGAUUUCCCGCACGAAGUCGUAUGCGGGGACGUUUGGCUGGAUAACAAGCUGGUCUUGGCUACCGAGAAUGGAACUUUUCUGAUCGAAGACAGUUUAUCGCACAGACUGAUCUUCGACGAAUCGGUGCAAAUUAAACAGUUAGACGUAAUCGAGCAACACGGAAUAUUGUUAUUUCGAGCCGGCGACAAAGGCAAGGAUAGCAACGUCUACGUUUUUCGUCUAAGAGAAUUCGAGAACAACACGACGAGUAGUAGGUCCGCCGAAAUUCCAAACGAUCGCGACGAGGAUCAAGAGUGCGAGAACAAUGGCGACGAGGACGAUGUGGACGACGACGCCGACGAAAGCGAAGAAAACGAUUGCGACAAUUUCACGCGUGCCACUACAAAAUUUAAGCCCUUGAUUCGUCGUACUCGUGUUCGUGUUCGUCCCUUGGCUGUUAGAGGACGAGCGCAUAUAAAGGAAAGAAGACUACCUAGAACUCGGGGCUGCCAUUUAUACACCGUUACUAUGCCUGGUGGCUCUCAUUUGCGCAUGUGCGUAGCGGUCGGCCGACGUUUGAUAGUUUUCCAAUGGAAGCAUAGCGCCGCGUGGACCGCGUGGUGUUCCGCUACAGAUACAGACACCGUGGAAGGAUUUUUACAUUUGAAGGAGUUGAACGCCAGCGAAUCUCCGACGUUACUAACGAUAAUAGAAAAUACAGAUACGAACAAUGAAUGGACGCUUUGCUGCGGUGUCCGACAUCAUUUUGAAUUGAUCUCAGCUUCUGGAAGCACGAGAAUUCUUCACAUCGAGGGAACACCGAAACCGCACGUGGUGGCUGCUUUGGACCUCUGCGAGGACGAAGAACCCGAAUUGUUACUCUGCUACAACAAUACGUGUCACUUUCAAAAACUGUUGGAAGAGAAUACCGUAGCGACGGAAUUCGACUUCAACUGGAAUUCCGUUCCUGCGGCGAUAGCCUGUGCCUUCCCCUACGUGAUCGCCUUUACCAACGACACCAUGGAGAUACGAUUGAUAAUCAAUGGAAAUUUGGUGCACACGAUCGCCAUGCCAAACCUCAAUCUAAUCACUUCGAAGCAAGACAUCUUCUUCGCUACGACGGCUCCAGAAUUUCUGCCUGGAAAAUGCGAAAGAAUUCGCCUGGACUCGAAACCGGUGGACAAGGAAGAACCGGUUUCCAGUCCGCCUCCUUUCCCCCAAUCUUCUACGUCUCGAUCCAAUCAGCAAAACAGUCAGGGCGACUGGAAGCCGAUAAGAAUCUACCAAAUACCGUUGCAAACGUUAUCGAGAAGUAGCUUGUCAACGUGCUCGCAACGACGCUGUGCCAGCCCUGCCGAGCCAGAAAUCAUCUCCGCGCCGCCGACCAGCGACAAGAGUUUCCUCAGCGUUGAGCCUCACAGAGCGUUGAGUAGGUCGUGUAGCAGCAGUCCAACGCCAUCGCCGACCAACGUGCUUCCGCCACGACUCAGAAAAUAGGCUGGAUCGCUAGCGAACUUGAUUCGACCACGUCGAGCGUCGAUAAUGCCGCGUUAGUUGGCGUCGCGUCAUUAUUUAAGUUAAUCCCUUAACGUGCAAUUCUUUUUCAUCUAACCGAUGAAAGAUGCGCAAUUUUCUUUUUAACGCAAUUCUUUCUCAGCUGUAUAACGAUAGAUGUUUUUCCACUACUCUACGUUUUACGUUCUUACGUUCUUACGUUCUUACGUUCUUACGUUCUUACGUUCUUACGUUCUUACGUUCUUACGUUCUUACGUUCUUCCUACGUUUAAUAACUCGAGUUUAACACGAGCGAUAAAGCGCAAGAUAGGAAAAACGCGUGUCUUCGUAAAUACGAAAAUGUGAUUUCCAUUAGUACAAAAAGUUGCUAGGUCGAUCGACCGUGCCUGUUACUUAUUAAUAACAUCGUUGGUAAUGACGAUCGUUGGUUAGUUGCGAGCGCAUGAGCGUCGACGGGUGAAACAAAAUUUCCGUUGAACUAAACGGCCACGCGACUCGAGCUCCGCGCUCGACGUAUAAACCACCUUCCUUUCGCCAGAUCUACCUGAAGCUCUCGUGCCUCGAUCGAACUGUGUAAAAUCGACGACGGAUCGUGCGCGAUUCAGCGCGUUUCGUCUAGUAGCUAGAAUUUACUGCCGUUGCAAAGAGCAAUCGAGAUAAAAUAGACGACGUAAGUGCGAUUCUUGGCUAAGAAGAACUUUGCUUUCGCGCCGUUCCUUUCUCUUCUUUUACAAUUAUACCGUUUGAUCAACAACGUAUUACCAUAGUUUUACGAUUUUUAUGCAAACCCGACUUUCUCCGCGUUAGUGUUUGUUCGAACGUUCAUCGAACCCGAAUCAAAUUUAUUCGUAUCUAUCGCGUUGGAAAAAAUAUUAGAAAAACAGUCGGAAUAGUAUCAGACGGCGGAUAUUUAUGCGUUUGUGAGAGAUUUAGGAAUCGCGGAGAUACUUGGCGUGGGUAGGAACGCGCGACAGGCAGAAAUAUUAUAAAUGCCCAAAGUGAAAAAAAAUAUUACAAACGCAAGUUAGAACGUGCCAUCUUUGUUUUUCCUCGUUUCGCCUAAAAUAUCUAGUCGCGUAUAUUAUAAUUACAGUCGUAUGUACAAUAUAAUUUCCAAACAGUCUAUACGAUAUGAUUCUGACGUAUCUUGAGAAACGAAAGAAUGCCGGAUAGCUGAUUGGCGAUCAAGGAGAGAGCGAUACGGCGCUCGUUGUAAUUUAGCCACGUUCCUACAAAAUCCACGCGUCGCGAGAAUAUGUAAAAGUCAGGCGCGUCCGUCGAUUCGAUUUAACGUACGGAGAACGAAAGUACGUAAGUAUAGGAAUUACUCUAUAAACUGGUUUCUAUAUGAUAAACGUAAACAACGAAAACAUAUGUUUCUUUAAAUAAACGUAUACGCGCGUAUUUAACGACGAACGUAUUUAUUUUAACGAUCGAUUUAUAGUAUCGGAGGAAAUAAUUACACAGAGUGUCCCGUUCAAAGUUUCGCAGACUAUAGUCUAUAUUUGUCGUUAUUUGUCAAACUAUAGAAGCAUAAAGCUUAUCGGUUGUUUCAGUUUCUCCAAAAUUACGUCUACGACGCGAUUUCGUUCGCUGCUCGCGAACGAAACGUUGAUCUCGAUAAGUUCGUUGUUGCGAAUACGAAAAAUCGCUCUAUACAUGUAUAAUAACAACAACAACAACAACAACAAUGAUAAUAAUACGUAGAAGAAUGUUUAGUAGGAGAUACAAGGCACCGGAUAACAAGAUGUUCCGAUAAUACUAGCACGAUGGUAAUAAAUAAUAAAUAAUAAGUAAUAAAUAAUAAAUAAUAAAGUAGAAAUUAAAAAGAGAACGAUACGAAAUUUUACGUAUAGUUGGAUCUAAUCGGUCGGUACUCGUGUAAAUCCGUAUAUAUGAUAAAUAGUACGUGCAGUGUAUUUCGAUGGACUGUCGUCGUAACAUACAAGUUUGAUCGUUCUGUUGAUGUUACGUUGAUGUAACGUUAAAGUAUUAUCUUAACGACAAAGUCGAAGAGUUAAAAGUUGUCGAACGUCGAAACUUGGGAAACUUUCUUUAGUCGUAUUCGCGAAAACCUCGAAUCUGCAUAAAUAUCCGCAGUCUUACUCGGCUUUAAAUUUCGAUUAAGAGUUAUUUAAAAGCUGAACUCUUUACAGAGAACUGGAAAAGUCAAAACGAUAUACGCGAUUUAAUUUAGCCAUUUCACUUUGCGAGAAUUAUUUUAGCGACUUAUCGAUCCGAGCGAACGAACGAACGAUAGAGAGCGAAGGAUUUUCACCAUUUUCAAAGGUUUUCCAAGGUCUACGCAAGUUGUACCACGUUUUGCAAUUACUUUUACGUAAUUCGUAGAUAACUUGUACGCGGAUGGUCUCGUUCGAUGGUUGUCGCGACGAAUUAUCUGCCGAUAAUUACAACAGGUACGAUAGGAGCCACGUUAGUACGUAAAAGGAUAAUUAAAGAAAAUGUACGCUGUCGUUGGUAAGAUUUCUCGCUGCGAACGUGCUCUCGCGCCGUUAAAUCGCCUAGCGAUUUCUAUAUGUAUGUAUCUACCGCAAAUAAAAGGGAGAUAACCUAUUAAA